UACUAAAAAUGUAACAACCUUACAAAAUAGCAUGGUGAGAAAAUGUAAUGCUGUUACAUUCUUUUGAAGCUGCAGCAACGUGAAAUCUCGUCUCGUAGCUGCAGCAACGUGAGAUCUCGUAGCAUGCGAGACUCACCCCGUUCUGCCCUGAGAAAGGACCAUACCAGAAAGUUACAUAAAUUGAAAGCAGUGGGGUUCUACCCCCUGCUCCUGGUGGCGAAGCAGGGGAAGAAGAAGUUUAAGGCCCAGCUGCUCCACCUGGAAGAGCAGCCAUCCAGGGAGACGAUGAAGGCAUUUGCCACAAUUAAAGGGGUCUUCGAGACCUUCCUCAACUUGCCUAAGCCUGCUGCAUCCACCUAUCUUACACCUUACCCCAGCACUCCCACCCUGGCUCCCACUACCCUCACCCUACCUCCACCAACCCUCAUGACUCCCACCCUGAUUCCCCCAACCAUCACCACCCUGCCUCCCCCUGCAAUUUCUACUCUCACCCUGCCUUCCUCUGCCCUCAACCUGUCUCCCCUCACCACUCCCACCUUACAAACCCUCACCACUUCCAAUCUGCCUACCCUCACCACUCACAUCCUACCUCCUCCUACCCUCACCACUCACAUCCUACCUACUCCUACCCUCACCACUCCCACCCUACCUACCCUCACCACUCACAUCCUACCUACUCCUACCCUCACCACUCCCACCCUACCUACCCUCACCACUCACAUCCUACCUACUCCUACCCUCACCACUCCCACCCUACCUACCCUCACCACUCCCACCCUACCUCCUCCCCUUCUCACUCCCACCCUACCUCCUCCUACCCUUCUCACUCCCACCCUACCUCCUCCCCUUCUCACUCCCACCCUACCUACCCUCACCACUCCCACCCUACCUCCUCCCCUUCUCACUCCCACCCUACCUACCCUCACCACUCCCACCCUACCUCCUCCCCUUCUCACUCCCACCCUACCUACCCUCACCUUGCUACUCCCACCCUGCCAGCCACUGUCACCACUUUACCUGGAAAUUUUUGAUGGGAAUGUCCUUCGUGAAAGACAUAAAAAGGUUGGUAUCUGA